AUGGAUCUCAAUGUGGAUGCUCUCGAUGAGUGGCUGCAAAGCCCUCCGCUUCUUACAGUCAACGAUCUGCUGGCAUUUUGGGACGUUCAAGUCAAUGGGCCAAAUUGUCUGCUGGCAUCCAUAGCACUGGAUUCCUUGUCAGUUCCUGCGGCCUCUACAGAUAUUGAGCGCGCCUUCUCUCAGGGUGGGCUCACUGUCUUGAAACACUGUCACUCGCUUAACAAUGAAUCAACGCGAGCAGCUACAGUCAUCAGCUCAUGGGCAGCUGUAAUGUGGCUUAUACCGGAAUAA